UAUAAUACGUUUUAACGCCUUGUACGCGGUACAUAAACAUAACUGAUAUAUAGUUAUAGUCUUGUUUUGAAUACAAAGAUAAGAACAAUUAACUACUUGCGCCUGUUCUGUAGAUGACACACCGUGCGUGUCAAGGUUAGUCUAUUUUUUAAAUCAUUAAUGGAAAACGAAGUGAAAAAAUUGUUUGUUGUAAACCCAAACAAACCAAUGAAAUUUUGUAUAUAUAAGGGUAAAAUGCUUACUAUUAAAUGCAAUCAAAUAUCUACAAAAAUAAAGCAAAACGGUGGCAAGGUAACAAACUAUGAAGACAAAGAUUCUGAUUGCAUUAUCUUAUCCCAUACGACUUCUAUACCAAAUGAUGAGAAUGUAUUCAACAUUAAAUAUAUUCAGCACUGCAUUUCUCAAAAUGAAAUACUAAAUUUGCUUGAUUACAGAAUAAGUAAAUCCCUUCAUAAGCAGCACGAAAGAAAAGAUUGCAUUAGUUUGACAAGAAUUCUUAAGGAUCAAAAAUGUAUACAUCGUAGCAAAAAGACAGCAGAGGAAGUUUUAGAAAAAGUAGAGGCUGCACUCAAUUUGUGACGACUGAUGGAUGGUAAUACAUUACGAUUUGUCAACAAGUGAAAAAUUUAAGUUGUGAUAUUAUUAUUAACAAUAGUUUAUCUAAACAUGCCAGAUAUCAAAGUUACACCAUUGGGAGCUGGGCAAGAUGUUGGCAGAAGUUGUAUACUUGUGUCAGUGGGUGGCAAAAAUAUAAUGCUGGAUUGUGGUAUGCACAUGGGAUUUAACGAUGAAAGAAGAUUCCCAGAUUUUUCUUACAUCGUUCCUGAAGGUCCAGCAACAAAUUACAUCGAUUGCGUUAUUAUUUCUCACUUUCAUCUUGAUCAUUGUGGAGCACUCCCUUACUUCACUGAAAUGGUGGGAUAUACUGGUCCAAUUUACAUGACACAUCCAACAAAAGCUAUUGCACCAAUUUUGUUAGAGGAUAUGAGAAAAGUGGCAGUGGAGCGUAAGGGUGAAAGUAAUUUCUUCACUUCACAAAUGAUAAAAGAUUGUAUGAAAAAGGUAAUUGCUGUUACUUUACAUCAAUCAGUUAUGGUUGAUUCAGAGUUAGAAAUAAAAGCAUACUAUGCAGGACAUGUUCUUGGAGCCGCGAUGUUUUGGAUACGUGUUGGUUCACAAUCAAUAGUAUACACUGGCGAUUACAACAUGACUCCAGAUCGACAUUUAGGAGCUGCCUGGAUAGACAAAUGUAGACCAGAUCUGUUGAUUUCUGAAUCAACCUAUGCCACUACAAUAAGAGAUUCUAAAAGAUGCAGAGAAAGAGAUUUUUUAAAAAAAGUUCACGAGUGUAUUGACAAAGGUGGUAAAGUACUGAUUCCAGUGUUUGCUUUGGGAAGAGCGCAAGAGUUGUGUAUACUACUAGAAACAUAUUGGGAACGCAUGAAUUUAAAAGCUCCCGUUUACUUUGCUCUUGGUUUAACAGAAAAAGCAAACAAUUAUUACAAAAUGUUCAUCACUUGGACCAAUCAAAAAAUCAAGAAAACUUUUGUCCAGAGAAACAUGUUUGAUUUCAAACACAUUAAGCCGUUUGAUAAAUCAUACAUUGACAAUCCUGGAGCGAUGGUGGUAUUUGCUACACCUGGAAUGUUACACGCAGGUUUAUCAUUGCAGAUUUUCAAAAAGUGGGCACCUAAUGAAGCUAAUAUGGUUAUCAUGCCUGGUUUUUGCGUUCAAGGUACUGUGGGUCACAAAGUUUUGAAUGGUGCUAAAAGAAUUGAAUUUGAAAAUCGUCAAAUCGUUGAAGUUAAAAUGACUGUCGAAUAUAUGUCAUUUUCUGCUCACGCAGAUGCAAAAGGUAUAAUGCAAUUAAUACAAUACUGUGAACCUAAAAAUGUAAUGCUAGUUCACGGCGAGUUUGCCAAAAUGGAGUACUUGAAAGAUAAAAUCAAACAAGAGUUUGGCAUAAAUUGUUACAAUCCAGCAAAUGGAGAAACAUGUAUUAUUACUACUAAAUCAAAAGUACCAAUUGAUGCAUCACUAGCGCUUCUAAAAUCGGAAGCCAAAAAGUAUUCGGCAUUGCCACCUGAUCCCAAACGGCGCAGAUUAUUACACAGUGUAUUGAUGUGUCGCGAAGAUGGCAUUUGUCUUCUUGAUUCAGAAGAGGUUUCAAAAGCGGCAGGAGUAACUAGACAUAUAGUAAGAUUCACGUCUGCAAUUCAAGUUAGAGAUCCUGGACCUGCAGGGGGUACUGCAAGGAAACUAUUACUACCUCUUCAAGAAAGAUUAGGCGGCUGGGGUAUAGAAAUGAUUGAUAGUUCAAUAAUGGUUGAAACCGUUGUAGUCAAAAUUGAAGGAGAUGAAGAUGAACAGAAAACUGUUUACGUUUCUUGGACCAAUCAAGAUGAAGAUUUAGGAAGUUAUAUUCUUGGAUUUUUGCAAACCAUGCUCAACUAAAAAAAAUUGUUACUGAGUCUUUAUUACGAGCGCGUUAUUGUGAUGUAAAUAAUAAUGGUAAGAAUGUUUCAAAACCUAAUUAUAAGAGAAUAUCGAGAUCAUUUUGUAAAGCAAAUAUGUAUACUUUAUCUUUGAAAAUUUAUAUGUUUUUUAAUAAAAAUACUUGCAAUCUGUAAA